AUGAAUUACUCGAACCCGAAGAUCCAUAUCCGUAUCGCCUCUGUGGAAUUAUACACUGUCCGUGCGACCGAAGGAUCGAUUUGGGUGCCACCAAAUCGGCAUCGGAGGCGAAGUCGGGUCGACCAGCUCAGGGGCUCUCAGCGCAACUCUCCCAUCUCGUCUGGAGAGCCCCUGAUUAGCCCUUCUGACGGAGCUGUGGGCCUUCCAAGCAAACUCCGAGGACGCACUCCGUAG